AUGAAAAAUGUCGAUUUCAGAGUAUUUGACGUUGGAGGCCAGCGUUCAGAGCGUAAGAAAUGGAUUCAUUGUUUCGAGGACGUUAAUGCAAUUAUUUUUAUUGCAGCUAUUAGCGAAUAUGACCAAGUGCUUUUCGAAGACGAAACUACGGUAACUGAAAUUUCGUGCCUUCAAGUGAAUUCAUUCAAUAAUAGGAAUCGGAUGAUUGAAAGCAUGCGCUUAUUUGAGUCAAUAUGCAACAGCCGAUGGUUCAUUAACACUUCAAUGAUAUUAUUUUUGAACAAAAAGGAUUUGUUCACCGAGAAAAUCAAACGGGUCUCUAUCAAAACUGCUUUUCCGGAAUACAACGGUCCACAAACAUAUGAAGACUCAGUGCGGUUUAUUGAGGAGAAAUUCGAGGCACUGAAUGCCAAUCCGGAAAAAACAGUUUAUAUUCAUCAAACCUGUGCCACAGAUACGAAUCAGGUGCAAAUUAUCCUGGAUAGCGUUAUCGAUAUGAUCAUUCAAGCUAAUUUACAAGGUUGCGGGCUGUAUUAA